AUAUGAGAUGGUUGGUUAUCAGACAUCCUCCAUCACACAUUAACCUAUCACAGCUUUCACCACAGUCCUGAGACGUGCAUUCCACUACAGAAACAGCUCGACUCGCCCGCCGCUAAACUGACCUUAAAGCUCGCUUUGGCGCGCACAAGUGGGCAGUGUAAUCAGAUUAGUGCGCAGGCAGGAUUACCCGUGCAAGCAGAUGGAACACUGAGGCGGUCUUCAGGUUUACUUUGAGCCAAAGUGCACACACAGGCAGAGGCUCAAGAAGAGGACAGGAUGAAGAUGGAUUAAACCCCAUGUUGUUCAAGCAGAUAUAAAAGAAGACACGGCGCAGGAAUUGCUGGAAACCCAGGGUGCUUUGAUUGAUUGUGUGAAGGUGUGAUGUCUCCCGUGGUGGACGAGACAGCGGGGGACCUCCCAGUUCGCGAUGUGGGGCUGAUGAGGGGAGGACUCAUGCCGACUGUUCCAGCAGAUGCCGCACGUGAUGUGAAGCCGUGGAAGAAGCAUCACAUCAUGAUGACCAAAGAUCCUCAGCGGCUCUUUCGUUUCCCCAGGGAGCAACUGGAGGACCUUUGCCUUCACCUGCAAGAAGAGAACACUGUGUUAAGAAUGCACUCACGAGCACAAGAGCAAAAGAUGCGCAGGAUGUCCACCAGACUGAUUCGUCUCCGUCAGGCCAGUCCCGGUGCCAAAGAGAGGGACAUGGAGGACUCAUUGCAAGAGCUGGAAGCUCGUGUGGCCACUUUGGAGAGCCAGAAGGUUGUCUUACAGAACAAACUCAGCCUGGCCAAGCAGCACAUUCUGGACUUGGGGGGGCGUACACCAUACAAGUUCAACAAAGGUAAAUGUGCAGAAGUUGAUGGCGGAGUCAGGAGGGCUGCGCAGACGGCCCCACCCCGCUACGGCCCAACAACAGAGGACACCAGGGGACAGAUGGAGAAAUUCUGUGUGAGCGAGCAGAUGAGGGUGACAGAGCUCCAACUGGCCCUCCGAGACACACUACAAGAUAAAGAGCGAGAGAUGGAGGGCACCAUUAGAGAGAUGAAGAAGCAACAGGCUGAAAGACACAAAGCAUCCAUCAGAGAAAACUUGGAUGUGAUCCGUCUCCAAAAGAAGCUUUCCGAGAAGAGCACAGCCCUGCGGGUAACCCAGGAGAAGAUCACUAACCUGCAACAGGCCUAUGAGAAGCAGCUGGAGGAGACUCAGACGUCACUGAGGGAAAGCCAGACUGUCCUCCUGGAGAAGGUGGAGGAGCUGAGUGAGAAGCUGAAGCAGGAGAGGCAGAGAGUGCUGACCCUGGAUGGUCAACUCACAACUGCCAGCUUGUCUCUGCAGAACCUGGAAAAGCUACAAGAGCGUAUAAGUGACCUGGAAGGAGAGAGGGAUCGGAUAAAAGAAAGCUAUGACUCGCUACUUGAGAGUACUUUAUCUACUUACAACGACACUGUGGAAGAACACAAGGUGGUGUACAAGGAAAGGGACGCACCAGAAGACACCGUUUCCACGAUAGAUGCAAAUAUCCUGGAGAAAGCGCUGCAGGCAGAGCGGGAGGAAAGAGGCAGGCUGGAAUCGGAGAAGAAGAAGCUCAGACAAGAGAAGGAGAUAAUGGAGGAGCAGAGGGAGCAAGAAGGAGCCAAACUAAAAUAUCUGGAAGAGAAGAUACUCGAGUACAACGAUCAGAUUUCUGUCUUACAGCGCAGACUAGACUCUGUCACCAAGGAGUUUGACAUGAGUGACGAAGAGCUCAGCGAAACACUUUUUCAGAUUAAGGCGUUCCGUAUGCAACAGGAGAGCAGAGAGGGUUUAUGUCUCCCCGGGGCUGAUCGAGAGAAAGAGCUUAUCAACAAUCAGGCCUUACUCGCCGAGACCGUGCUUGAAUUACAGAAAACCAGGAGCCUCCUUUUGCUAGAGCAUCGCAUCAGUAAAGACCUUCAGGAGGAGUUGGACACAACCAAAACAAGGUUGGAGAGUGAAAGGGAGGCGAUGAGGAUGAGGAUGGCGGAGAAAGACAAACUAUUAUGCAAAAGAGUUCUCCAGAUCAAUGCUUUACAAGGUAAGAACUGGAACAGCAGCAGCACAGUCUUUCAGCAUCAGUACCUAACACCUUUAAAUAUGUGCUCAAAAGACCAGCUGAAAACCUUUGCGUACAACACAAAGAGCCACAAACGGACCAUACCGAUACAGUACACAUGGCCAACAGGAGAAAAACAAGCAGUCUCGCCUGAAGAUUAUAUUUCUUAUUCUCCAUUGAGGUCUGGAGAGUCCCUCUUAGAAGUUCACAUCAAGGAUGCCACCUUUACUCCAAGUGGGUUUCGGAAUAUGAGCAGCAUUGAUCCAGACCAAGGUGAAGACACGGUGACCUUCUGUACAUACAGCCUUUUGGACUUUGAAGUCCACUCCACACCUCUGGUAGCGGGAAGCAAACCCAACUACAGCUUCACCUCCCACUAUGCUCUGACUGCCUGUGAUCUGGAAAGGCUAGAGGUACAGGGGUGGAAGGUCAAAGUGGAGCUCCACCAGGCAGUAGGAGGGGUCCGCUUUCUAACGCACGGGAGCGGACAGUUGUCCCUGUUGGCUGCCGUGGAGAGGAGAGGGGAACAUAUUAAUGGACGUGUGCACAUCACAGGUUCUGUGAGGGAAAUAGUCGGUGUUGUGGAUUUCUGGGUCCGCCUAUUUUUACCUACAGAGCCCAUGGAUGCAGUGGUGUCGGGAGGCAAUGACAGGACCACAGCAACAAAGAAAAUGCCGGCUCAAAUCUCUCUUGGCUGGCAAACUGGCGGCCACGCGCAGGAGUUGUACGAUUUUGGUGGAGGUAUUCCCAACGAGUUGAUGUUGCUGCUGGAGCGCUGUGAGGGUCUAAAAGGGCGCUGGCCUGGACUACUUCCUGAUGCCUACCUGACCUACAGAUUCUACGACCUGCAGCCCCAUGUGUCCCAAACUGUCCGGAGUAAUGUUAACCCAGUUUUCCACGACAUCACCAGCUACCCGCUUGCAAUCACAACUGAUGUGUUGCACUACUUGAGGUCAAGCAGCCUUUGGGUCUAUGUGUUUGAUGACAGCGAUGACCAGAUACCACCAGUCUACUUGGCUAAAACACCCAUCCCACUGAGAGCGCUGGCGACUGGCAGGGAGAUCCAAGGUGACUAUGUUCUGCGUGAUCCAGCUGGUGGCCCACGGGGGACUGUCAGGGUGUUGAUUAAAUGGAAGUACCCCUUUCAACCACCAGUAAAUGUGAUGGAAAGCAGCAUGAGAAACCAAGGAUUAGCAGAAGACUCACAAAGACCAAUAGCUAAGCCCAGAGUCAAGACAAAGCACCUUGAGUCAGGAGAAACCAAAGCAAAGAUGAGGAAGAUGAGAGCUUACCCUUCACUUGACAACAUACAACCAAGCCAGACCAAGAGGUCCAACAAAAAGUCUCCUGCUCGUCAAGACGAGGAACCCCCCACUGUGCUCUCUCAUUCGCCAAUCACAAAAUCUUCCAGACAUGCCACGUCACUGAGAAGACGCUCUGUUGGUGAUCCUGCUACUCAGAACAUUUCCUCUGUGGAUCUGGUGUCAGUGGAUAAAGAGCAGGAAAAGGAGGAAAGGAGCGAGAGUGCUGCUGAAGAACCCUCAGAGUCCUCUGAGACCUUAACAAGCGACCUCAUUGUUUCAACGAAACAAGAGAGAAAAAAGGGUGACAAGCUAAGAGUGGAGAUCUUUUCGUUGACUUUCGAACCGUCCUCUCAAGUGGCACUGGACGAUUCAGUGCAGCGUGUCUACGUGGAAUACCGGCUGCUGGGUAUUCCAAUGGAAACAACGGAGACGCCCGUGUCCCUCCGCAAGCCCACAGAGGGGGAGGAGAUUCACUACAACUUCACACGAGUCAUCUAUGUGGAUGGUUCACUGUCAGCGCCACUCAGACAGUAUCUUUACACCAUGUUGGAGGGCAGUGACCCCAACAAGGGCAGGUUAAAGUUCACAGUCGUCAGUGAGCCAAUGGAUGACAAUGAGGAGUGCUGGGAUGUCGGAUGCUCCUUCUUGGACCUGCAGGAGCUGCUGCUGACAGGGAACGACGUCAUUGAACGGCAAAUUGACAUUGUGCGAGUAGAUGACGAAAAGGAGGUGAUAGGAUUCCUCAAAGUGUCUCUGGAGGCAGCAAAAGCCCUGACUGGAAUUUACCAAGAGUUUCACCGGCCAAUGGAUGCUGAGGAUAACAGCGAUAAGGAAACCCAGCAAGAAGAAGAGGAGCAGCAGCAGAUGGAAAAAGAUGCAAUUACAGUGAUAGACUACAAUGACAGCGACUUCUAAUUACACUUUAGGCCUACUCACAAAAAGGAAUAUUCAUUCGGCUUUUGGGUGACAUUCUUUUACUGCCUCUGCUGCCAAUCAACCGGUUCCUGUUCCCAGCUGCUCCUCAUUUCACUCACCUGUUAAUCAGCCAGCCAAUCCCAGUCCACCAUUCAUCCUCCCAGCCUGUUUAAAACCACCUGCUCACCACUGGAUCAGGCGUAUUCUUUUUCUGACAUGCUGUGUGGAGCUCUGAUAGAUGCUACUUUGUUUUGUAAUAAUUUUUGUUAAGCUCUUUGCUUAACUUCUGCCACCUGUUUUUUGUCUUCAUUUUUUUUACCUUUCAACUUUUGUAAGUAUCUACAGCCUAGUCUUGGGAAAGGUUAGACAGAGGCCUCUAUACACUACACAAUACACAUGUAGGAUUUGUCUGUGUAUAAAGACCCCCUCUUUAGGCUAGAGUAGGUACUAGUGAUGGGUUGAUGAGGCGUCAUGAAGCGUUUCGACACAUUGCAAAACUGUAUUGAUACUGUGUAGAUACUGUGUCACUAAAUACUGACAUCUGUUGGACAUUAAAAAUCCCUACAGGCAACCUAUGGACCGACUCAACUGACACUGAUUUUAUGACCUAGUAUAUACAAUAAUAUAAUCCAAGUCAUUGUAUUUCAUUUAGGAUUAUUUCAUAUCUUCAUUUAAAUAAAAAUAUAUUUUUAUCUUUUUUAGAUACAGUCAAUAAAUGUGAACAUGUAUCAUAACAUGGAAAUCUAAGACAACGUGUUGUGAAUGAGGAUGCUUGUGGACUGGGA